CAGGCACAAAGCCUCUCUCUCUCUCUCUCCACUUCCACAUACAAAACCAGCAACAGCCCAACACCACCACCAUUACCAUCUCCAACUCACAUCACACAAUUAACAGAUGUUGCUCUCUCACCCAAUUCUCAUACCUCCUCAACUAGGGCUCACUUCUCCUACUUCCACCCACAAUCCUCAGCUCUUCACUCACCACAAAACCACUCAAUUAGGCACUUUCAGACCCAGUAAUCAAGAACCCAAAUAUUUGUCUGUUGAUUCUCUAAAACCCUUGAAUUUCAAUGGUUUAGGGUUUUGCAAUACUCACUUGUCGAGUCCAUACAAGAUUAUACAGUUUGGUUCUUCCACACCCAGAAGUAAAAAACACAAUUUUUUGUCUCUUAAUUCUCCGGAGUCCCUUAUUUUUAAAGGCUGCAAAUUGGGUAACAUGAAAUUAGGGUUUUAUAAUUCUCAGUGUUUCAGACCCAGAAGCCAAAAUCAGAGCUUUUUGUGUUUUGAUCCCCUGAACAAGCAAGAAUUUUCCUGUCGUGGACUUGGUGAAUUGAAAUUAGGGUUUAAUGGGGCGGGUCAGAGGAAAGGGAGCUCCAUUGUAAGAUCGAAAUCAGUGUUGAGUGUUGAUAAAGUAUUGGAGAGUGAUGGAAAUGUUGGAGUGGAUAGGAGCUCCUAUGAUGCAAUUGUUAUUGGGUCAGGGAUUGGUGGGUUGGUUGCGGCAACACAGUUGGCUGUAAAGGGAGCUAGGGUUUUGGUACUUGAGAAGUAUGUGAUUCCUGGUGGGAGUUCUGGGUUUUAUGAGCGAGAUGGUUAUACAUUCGAUGUCGGAUCGUCUGUGAUGUUUGGUUUCAGUGACAAGGGAAAUCUAAAUUUGAUAACCCAAGCAUUGGCAGCAGUUGGGUGUAAAAUGCAGGUGAUUCCUGAUCCUACUACUGUUCAUUUUCAUCUACCCAAGAAUCUUUCUGUCCGAGUACACAGAGAAUACAGUGAAUUCAUCGCAGAACUUGUCAGCAAAUUUCCCCAUGAAAAGGAAGGGAUUCUGAAAUUCUACGGUGAAUGUUGGAAGAUCUUCAAUGCCUUGAACUCACUGGAACUGAAGUCACUGGAGGAGCCAAUCUACCUUUUCGGGCAGUUUUUUAAGAAGCCUCUUGAAUGCUUGACACUUGCCUACUAUUUGCCCCAAAAUGCUGGAGACAUAGCUCGGAAAUUCAUAAAAGAUCCUGAAUUAUUGUCCUUCAUAGACGCUGAGUGUUUUAUAGUGAGUACGGUUAAUGCUUUGCAGACACCAAUGAUCAAUGCAAGCAUGGUUUUAUGUGACAGGCAUUUUGGGGGAAUCAACUACCCUGUUGGUGGGGUUGGUGGAAUUGCCAAAUCAUUAGCGAAAGGCUUGGUUGAUCAGGGCAGCGAAAUACUUUACAAGGCAAAUGUGACAAAUAUUAUAGUUGACCAAGAAAGGGCUGUAGGAGUGCGACUGUCGGAUGGAAGAGAGUUAUUUGCCAAAACCAUAGUAUCAAAUGCUACUAGAUGGGAUACAUUUGGCAAGCUUUUAAAACGAGAAGAUCUUCCUAAUGAAGAACAAAAUUUCCAAAAACUGUAUGUCAAGGCCCCCUCUUUUCUUUCGAUUCACAUGGGGGUCAAAGCUGAGGUUUUGCCACCUGAAACGGAUUGCCAUCAUUUUGUUCUUGAGGAUGACUGGACAAGUUUGGAGAAGCCGUAUGGGAGUAUAUUUUUGAGCAUUCCAACAAUUCUUGACUCAUCAUUGGCUCCAGAAGGGCGCCAUAUUCUUCACAUAUUUACAACUUCUUCAAUAGAAGACUGGGAGGGGCUGUCUCAAGGGAACUACGAGGCAAAGAAAGAGCUUGUAGCUGACAAAAUUAUUAGCAGGUUGGAAAAUAAACUAUUUCCAGGGCUUAAAUCUUCUAUUGUUUUUAAGGAGGUAGGGACACCAAAGACACACAGGAGGUACCUGGCUCGUGUUAAUGGUACCUAUGGACCAAUGCCACAGGGCACUCCAAAGGGCUUACUGGGGAUGCCAUUCAACACAACUGCUAUAGAUGGUCUGUACUGUGUGGGAGAUAGUUGCUUCCCAGGACAAGGUGUUAUUGCCGUUGCCUUCUCUGGAGUGAUGUGUGCACAUCGUGUAGCUGCUGACAUUGGACUUGAGAAGAAUUCCCCAAUAUUGGAUGCUGCUCUUCUUAGAUUACUUGGUUGGUUAAGGACACUGGCAUAAUCACUACUUAUAUGAUAGAAAUACAAGAAACAUCAUCAUCAUGUGGAAGGGAAACCGUCGCUCGCAUCUGAAGUGCAACCACCUACUGUAAGUUGAGGCAUGAAGAUGCUUGCUUUAUAUCCUUGAGUUAGUUGGUGACUGUCAAUGCUGAAUCCGGUUAUUAUGCAACAUUGAUUUUAGUCAAUUUUGGAAAUUUAAAUCUUCAGUUGUAACUUUUAUUUAUACAGACUUCAGGCUGUAUUUAUAGAAAAGUUUUAGAUUGUAAUUCAUGAUUUGAUACAGAACUUGUUUAGUUAUUGCAAAUGGUUCUUCAUAUAGAAGUAAAUUGUACUGUGGUACUCUUUAAUUCAUGGAUUGGAAAGUUCUAAUAAAUCAAUGACCUUGCUGUGCUUA